CUCUUCUCCUUUACUCUUUGCCUUCUUCUCUCUUUGAGUUUAGUUUAACUUUGGUUUCUCCUCUAACAACAUCUCUAAUGCUUAUUUUACCAGUGCUCAAAAUUUAAUUGUUAAAUUAACUCUAGUCUUGUUUUAAUUAGAUAGAACCAAGAAUAAGCUCACAACGGGUUAACCCGUUGUGAAAUUUUACGAAGUUAAUUUGCUUUUACCGCCUCUUGUGUCUUCGUUCGCAUUCUUCAUUCUCCAUCUUGUUUUUUACUUGUUUUUUCACUCAUUUCAGAGCCUUUUAGUUAUAUUUUCAAAUUGUUUGCUUAAAUUUAAUUUUGUUCCCAAUUUCAACGAAAAUUUCUGUAUUGAUUACUUCUGAAUUUCAUUAGGGUUAAUCCUCUGGCUCCUGGGCUUCUUGAACAUUGGUUUCCUUGGUCUCCAAGUGUCAUCCAAUCAAGGAAAUAUUUGAAGAGACAAUCUGAUCAAGAGUCUAUUACUGACCUCGGAUCUAGCCAUCUCUAUUCAAUUUUAUCAACUCGUUUGGUGUUAUUCGAUUUAUUUUUUUCCCUAUUAUUCCGAGAUUUUGGUUACUAUUGCUAACUAAAGACCGUCAAAAUGAGUAUUAUUGAGAAUAUUGAUUGUUUUGUUGCUCUUGAUGAUUGUUCGCCAACCGUUCAAGAAUACAUCGGCCAGUCCACCCAAGUCCCAGGCCAGGAGGAUGCCUUUUAUGUCGUCGAUAUUGACGACAUACUCAAUAAACAUCGAAACUGGAUUCAAAGCCUACCACGAGUGCGACCUUAUUACGCUGUUAAAUGCAAUAGUAGUCGAGUUAUCCUUGAAAUCCUGAUGGGUUUGGGUAUCGGCUUCGAUUGCGCCAGCAAAGGUGAAAUUCAAGAAUUGAUAUCAUUGGGUGCCCUUCCUAAAGACAUUAUUUAUGCCAAUCCCUGCAAGCCAAAAUCCCAUAUUGAAUAUGCAGCUAAAACUGGUGUCAAGCUGAUGACUUUUGAUAAUACUGAAGAGCUCUACAAAGUAGCCCGCUACAUGCCUGAUGCGCAACUUGUUCUUCGAAUCCGAGUUCCCGAUGAGCAUGCUGUUUGUGUUCUUGGUACAAAAUAUGGCGCUGAAAUGGAUGACGUCACUAAUUUACUUACUUUAGCCAAAAAGUUGAACCUUAAUGUGACUGGAGUCAGCUUCCAUGUUGGUAGUGGUUGUACCAGUGCUGAAGCUUACAGUAUUGCUCUUCAAAAUGCUCGCUUUGUAUUUGAUGUGGCCAUAGAAUUGGGAUUCCAGAUGAACCUUCUGGACAUUGGGGGAGGUUUUCCUGGAUCUUCUGAUUCACCGAUCACUUUUGAUGAGGUGGCAAAAGUGAUCAAUGCCAACUUAGAUCUUUACUUCCCGACUGAUCAAGAUAUUUCCAUCAUCGCCGAACCAGGCCGAUACUAUGUUGCUUCAGCUUUCACCCUGGCAUGCAAUAUCGUUGCCAAAAAAGUAAUAAAAAACUCUGAUGGAUCUCCUAACGCCAUGUACUAUCUCAAUGAUGGUGUAUAUGGUUCUUUUAAUUGUACUAUUUUUGAUCAUUAUGAAACUAAGCCAACGACCCUUGACGCAUACCGCUCUGGAACUGAUGAACAAGGAUUGCUUUCCACUGAUCAAACUCAAUUUCAAACUACAAUCUGGGGACCAACCUGUGACAGUAUGGACUGCAUCAAAAAAGAUUUCUACUUCCCUGAAAUGCAAGUCGGAGAAUGGAUCAUUUUCCCAGACAUGGGAGCCUAUACCAUUUGUGCAGCAUCCAAUUUCAAUGGUUUCAAAACUCCUAGCCUUAAAUUUUACGUUAAAAGCUAUGGGUUCGAGUUGAUCUCUCAGUUUUACAAUUGGGCCAAGAUUGCUAACAAGUUAAACAUUCGACCAAGUGGAAUCAAUUUGAAUGCCAAAAACUUUCGAGGUGGCUCCCUACCAUUGAACAUGAUUGAGGUCAAUUGAAUACUUAGUGACUUUACAAAAAGACUCAAAAUGUGGCCUAAUGAAAUUGUAGUUUUUUAUAUUAGAAGCUGCCCAUUAUGUGAUUAUUUUUUACUUUUAAUUGCUCAAAACUUUUACUUAUUGGGAUACUUAUACUUUUCAAGGGUCUUUUACAAACAUUUUCUUUCCAAGCGAAGACUUUACUUUGUAUCAAUUUUAAAACAAUUUGCCAGAGUUCUUUUUGUGAUAUGUGAUAAUAAAAAUUCAAAAAAUUC